AUGGCUGCAAUUUAUAAUAAAGUACAAAAUGAGAAUUACAUUCAAAGAGAUAUAGACAAUUGGAAUAAUCCAAUAAUAGACUUAAAAGAAAUAAAAGAAUAUACAGGAAGACAAAGUGAAACAGAUGGAUGGAUAAGAAUAAUAGAACAAAUACUUGAGGCAUACCCUCAAUUACCAAAAGGAAAUGAACCAGAUACGAAAGCAGAUGGAACACCUUUAGGUGGAAAUGCAUUAGCAGAUGAAGAAGCACCAGGAAUAGCAUGGACAGCAACAAGAUUAGCAAACCGACCAGGACAGAAUACAGAUUUAUCAAAUAUACAAGUAAAUAGAAUGUUAGAUGGAGCAAUAAGAAUAAAUGCAAUACUAACAAAUGCUGGAGCAAACUUUUCAAGAAUGGCAGGACAAACAGGAAGAUUAAAUGCUGCACGUAAUGGACCAAUAAAUGAUUGUCAAAGAUCAAAACAAAUUAUAGAACAAAUAGCAACGAAAUUUAGAGGAGAAGCAAAAAUAGCAUGGGAAGCAUUAGGAAUAACAGAAAAACCUAGAACAUGGCUUGAACAUCAAUUUGAAGGAGCAGCAGCACCAAUCGGAAUGAAACAAUGGAUUAUAGAAAAAUUCUUAGGAAGAACAUAUAGACAAGAAAAAUACGCAGACUUUAUGAGACUAAACAUGGAAAAAUCUAAAUAUAGAAGUAGUAUGACAGAAUUCAAUAUUCAUUAUAAUAAUAUGAUGAGAGAAUCAGGAUCAAAUACAAUGCUAAGAGAAAAUGCAAUAGAUCAUUAUUUAAAUAGAAUACCACUUUGGAUAGAAAAAGAAUGCAGAAGAUGGAUAACUACAAAAGAAAUAGCAGGAGAAAAUCCACCUUUACAAGGAAAUAAUAACUCAGUACAAGCGUAUGCAGUAAUAAUGUUCUCACAAUUAAAUAGACAAUCAGGAGAAUUUAGUUCUAGAACAAAAGAAACAAGAUAUUUCAACAGAAAGAGUUAUAAUGAAUUAGAAGAAAAAAUGGAAGAAUUACAAAAAGAAUGUGAACAAUUAAAAAUAGAAGCAUAUCAGGAUAUCUUUUAG